AUGGCGCGGCCGCUGGAGCCACCUCGCUCCGGGCCUGAGCGCCGCCCGCGCCUGGGCCGCGGGGACCCGGCUGAGCGCCCGCCCCCGGCCCGCCCCCGGACUCCGCCUCCCGCCCGCCCCACAGACCCCGGACUCCGCCCCCGGCAGAGGCGGGCGGGCGGGCGGGACCCACAGGACACCUCCUUCUCCCGUGAGGACCGCGGGGUGGACGCGGUUUCCCCAGGCCCCGGCCUCGCGCGGGCGGCGGCACCCUCCGUGCCCCCUAGCGGGAGGCAGGACCCUACGCCUGGGGAGGCGCCGGGUGCCCCGACGGGCGGCGGCGGGCGUCCAGAGCGCGUCGGCUUCCCCAGCCCUCGGCUGAGAGCGCCGCCGCCGCCGCCGCCGCGGGGCCGGGCGGGGAGCCGGAGCUGCGAGCCCGCCCGCAGGUGGCCGCGCGCGCCCACGGCCAGGUGGGCGUGCCAGGCCCCGCCCCGCCGCGCCAGCCGGGGGCGGGCAGCCGAGGCCCCGCCCUCCCCGCGCGCCGGGUCGGAGCCGGUGCCCGAGCGCAGCCGCACGGAGCCCCAGCAGCACGCGGGAGCGCGGCCCCGCAGCGGGCCGGCCGAGGGAGCAGCGCGGCAACCCGGCCCGGAGCGAGGACCCCGGCCCCGAGAGCGACUCGGUCCCCGGCCGCGGACCUCGUCCACCGAAGCGCGGCCUCGCCCGCCUCUCCCGCCCCGGCCGCCGGGCCGCGGGCAUGGACGGCGCCCGCUCGCCCUGUGA